AUGCCUGCAAAGAGGAAGACUUCUAAUAUUAGAAGGGUAGCUGCUAAUACUGCAAGGACAGAGGCUAUUCGAGCCACUCUGGAUCAGCGUCAGGAAUCUGGGGCAAGUUCGGGGAAUAAUGGAGAGUCUUCUAAGACUAAGGACUUUCUCAGGAUGAAUCCCUCAGUCUUCACGGGGACAAAGAAAGACGAGGACCCUCAGGAUUACAUUGAUGCCCUCAAGAAAAUCUUUAGGGUUAUAACUGUCACAGAGACUGAGGCAACUACUUUUGGAGCUCAUCCGCUGCAAGGCAUUGACCAUUUCAUGCCAAUAGAAGUCAGAAAAGCUAAGGCUGAGCAAUUCCUGAAGCUUAAGCAAAAUGGCAAGUCAGUUCAGGACUACUAUUUGGAAUUUGUUAGUCUAGCUAAGCAUGCUCCACUUAUGAUACCGAACAUGAGGGCGAGAGUGAGGAGGUUUGUUUAUGUUCUUGAUCCGCACUUGUACGAUGGGGCCAAUAUUGCUUUACAAAAUGGGGAAAUGACUAUCUCUAAGAUGGUUGCUUUUGCUAUUGUGGGGCAGAAGACAUAUGAUAUUCCGAGUUGUAAUAAGUGUGGUAAGAGACACCCAGGUGAGUGUCGUAUGGGUAUGGAUGUAUGCUAUGGUUGUGGCCAGUGGGAUCAUUUUCAGAGAGAUUGUCCGUCGGCUAGGCAAGGUACCAGGGGUAACGUGGCACAGUCCACAAACUCAGCAGCUUUUCGUAACAAUCAGGCCCAGCAGGGGCACAAUACAGCUAAGCCUGGAAACGCAGAUGGAGGACGAACCCGUUUGUAUGCGUUGACAGGUCGUCAGGAUACAAAAGCUCGUGCAGAUGUGGUCACAG